CGCGCAGGAUAAGAAAGCCACUGGUGUUGGACAUGCAAUGAUUUGAGCUAUGUCGCUUUCCUGCUGGAUGACAGUAGUCCAACAUGGAUUUGUCGGUGCAUGCCAAAGCUGAGAGUUCGCUAACCAGUCACUGAUUUACAACUUGGAUAGCAGUCCUGGAAAGUAACGAAAUCAAGUAAUACCUUGCGAUUAUUUUUUUUAUUUGCAUUCCGUUAGCAUUUUACGAACUUUGCCUUUGUAUUUCGACUGCUAUGAUCUGAGUACAAAGAAGCCUACUACCUAAAAUGUGCAAGAUUUCAUGUAGUCAGGGGCACUUUUUCUGUUGACACUGAGUGUUUCUCUGUCAAAUCAACAUGUGUCAACGUGUUUUAGAUCCAGCAGAAUAAUGUGCCCGGCGCACGGUGAUUAUUUCAUAUUAAUGGCAUAGACUACACAGGCUUAUUAUGAUGAAUGAUAAAUCAAAUAAGUUGAUUUUAGUUCCAGUUUUGGCUGUUCUUUUUGUAACUAUAGGGUAUCAGUAUAUUUGUCCAGCAGGCAGCAACUCUUGUCACUUCGGGACUGGUGAGAAACUGAGAGGGAUGCGUCCGCCAUCCACCCAGUAUCCCACGCCCGAUGACCUGUACCGAGAUCAAGAACUCGAAGAUGAUAGCCCUCCGAAAUUUUUGUCCAAAUUUAACUUUACCGAGCGAGAGCUCAUGCGGGACGUGGAAUUUAACAUACGAGGAGAUGAUGUGAUAGUAUUUUUGCACAUCCAAAAGACUGGCGGUACCACUUUUGGUCGUCAUCUAGUAAGGAAUAUACGGUUAGAACAGCCCUGUGACUGUAAACCCGGCCAGAAGAAAUGCACUUGUCACCGGCCAGGGAAGGAGGAAUCGUGGCUCUUCUCGAGGUUCUCCACUGGCUGGAGUUGUGGUUUACAUGCAGACUGGACGGAACUUACCAACUGCGUUCCUGUCAUAAUGGACAAAAAGGCUGCUCAGAAGAACCGAAGGAACUACUACUACAUCACCAUGCUGAGGGACCCCGUGUCCCGCUACCUGAGCGAGUGGAAGCACGUCCAGCGAGGCGCCACCUGGAAGACCUCCCUGCACAUGUGCGACGGCCGCUCGCCGACGCAGGACGAGCUGCCCAACUGCUACAACGGCGACGACUGGUCAGGCGUGCCCCUGACCGACUUCAUGGACUGCCCCUCCAACCUGGCCAACAACCGGCAGGUGCGCAUGCUGGCCGACCUGAGCCUGGUGGGCUGCUACAACCUGUCGUCCAUGAACGAGAGCGAGCGCAACCACAUCCUGCUGGCCAGCGCCAUGGCCAACCUCAAGAACAUGGCCUUCUACGGCCUGACGGAGUUCCAGCGCAAGACGCAGUACCUGUUCGAGCGGACGUUCCACCUGCGCUUCAUCGCGGCGUUCACGCAGAUCAACAGCACGCGCGCCUCCAACGUGGACAUCAGCGAGGCGGUGCGCCGGCGCAUCGAGGCGCUCAACUUCCUGGACGUGCAGCUGUACGAGUUCGCCAAGGACCUGUUCGUGCAGCGCUUCCAGUUCACGCGGCAGCGCGAGCACCAGGAGGAGCGGCUCAAGCGGCGCGAGGAGCGGCGGUGGCUGAGGGAGCAGCGCGCCAUGUGGCCCCGGGGAGGCGGGGGGGACGCCGCUGCCGCCGCCGCCGCCGCCGAGCCCCCCGAACCCCGCGCCACCACCGAGGACUACACCAGCCAGGUGGCGCGCUGGUGAGGCCCCUGCAGGAAGAGAGGGGGCGAGCCGUCGGAGGAGGACAACGAUGGCCUCACGGACGCGUCUCUAUUCUCUCUCUCGCUCUCGCCCGCUCCCCCCCCCCCCAUGUCUCCGGCUAUUGCACUUAAAGGUGGAGUCAGUGAUAACUUGCAGAAGGACAGUUGUUUUGAAACUCAACAGUCAAACAUGUCCACCCCUCCCCCUUCAGUGUUCUGGGCAGAGUCACAUGGGCGGCUGGUAGAUCAUUGGCCAGUUUUGGGCAGUGGGGUUAUUCCCGCUGGUUAAAGCUCAACUCACCACUGUCUGCUCUCCUGACCUGUUCUUUUACUCAGAAUAUAAUCUGUAUCGAUAGCCGUUGGAAAUGUGAGUAUUUCACCAAAAUGUUACAAAAAAUCUUUGGAUUUUAGCAUUGCUGACCCCACCUUUAAAGCACUAAAGUUACGUUUUUGUUGCCAUUAAAAUUGCAAAGUCUAUGUGUCUCUACAGCUCUGCCUUUGAGUACCCUUCGGUGUCUUAUGUAUUAAAAAUAUUUUCUUUUUUUAUUAUUUCCGUGCUCAACUGCUCUUGCUGUUUUGUCAUGGGUAUUUAGUAGUGUGCAAAUUGCAAAUUUUAAAGACAUUAAAGAAAAGUCAAAAGCCACAAAAGGAAAAUUAUGAUUAAACUGCUCAUGCUGAUGUCUGUACAGCUCAAAGGUGUGAUCUUGUCAGUUGACACUUGAAGUUUUUAAUUUUGCCGUUACAAAGCCAUAUUGAUACAUUAUAAUAUCUGACAUUUAUGGAAUGCGUGCUGUGAGUGUUGAAAUUAAUUAAAUUUGUGUCAAAUGUAAUUUGCCAAAAAUAAAUUAU